GAUAAUAAAUAUAUUAUUUUCUUAUUAAAAACGAGGCUUCAACGAACUCGUGCCUGCACUCACCCCAAUGUAAUUCUCUGUUGGGACAUUUGCUCAAGUCAAACAGGUCACAAAGCGGUCUUUUAUCCCCCCCAAAGACCCAUUUUUGCGAUGACAGUCGGCGCUAACGUUAGCUAGCUAGCUUGCUAACGUGGAAACACAUUAUUCGUCUGAGCCGCACCAAGCAUGAAGCGUGCGGGGAGGAGACGGAGCUCUGUCUGGGACUGCUUUGAGCAAGUGGGGAGCUUCGUCCGCUGCACGAAAUGUGACGUUACUCUCAAGUACUGCAGCGGAGGCACCAGCUCCAUGAUGAGCCACAUGAGCAGGCACCAUCCGUCCACCGCGCUGCUGGAGGAGGACGAGAAGCCGGUGAUUUGCUCCGUUCAGUGCGUCGAGGAGGAGAGCGCCGCUAACUCGGACAUCAUGCAGGUUGCCAUCAUGUCACCCAGCACAAACAUGAACAGCAACCCCCCCGAGCGGGACUAUGGGGAGAGGAAGCGCCUGAAGCGCAGCUCUGUCUGGGACAUUUUCAUCAAAGUGGACGACGAGGUUCACUGCACGCUGUGCGACACGAAGCUCAAGUACAGGAGCAGCACCACCAGCAUGAUGUACCACAUCAAGAACAAGCACCCGGACACUGUGCCCAAUGACGGCGUGUCGCUGGCAACACAUGCAGAGGUGACUGAGCUCAUCUCCAAAAUGAUAGAGAAGGACAUGCUUCCAGUCAGCAUGGUCGGCGGGGAGGGCUUUCGUGAGCUGCUCGCAUACACCGUGCAUAAUUAUAAAAUGCCAUCUGUUGGGGACAUCACGCGGCUCAUUGAGGGCCAUUUCCACGAGAAGAUGGAGGAGCUUGCGCUGCAGCUGAGCAGGGUGGAGAAAGUGGCCCUCACAGCUGAUUUCUGGACAGCCCUCCCCUAUCAGAGGUACAUCACAGUCUUCUGUUCGUUCAUAACAGAGGACUGGCUGGGGAGGUCAGCUGUGCUGCAGACACACAAGCUGCCCUCAGACAGCCUCCUUACUACAGACAGUGUCACAGAGAGGCUCCUUAACACUGUGCAGACUUGGGGCAUUGCUGGGAAAGUGACCGCUUGCGUUCACAACAACACACAGGACGCCCCGUCAGCUCACGGGUGCGCCCGUGUCACCUGGGACUACGCCACUUGCUUUGCGAGCACGUUGCAGCUCGCAGUCUGUGAGGGGCUGAGCGAGGAUCUCGUCCGUAUCAUUGCUGCUGCCGGGAAACUAGUCAAGCACUUCAAUCACAACUUGCUGGCAAGUGAGGCCUUGGAGCACAAGCAGGUUCAGAUGUGCCUGCCACAGCACAAGCUUAUCCAGUCGAGCAAAGCCAGAUGGGACACAAUCUGCGAUAUGUUUGAACGGCUACUUGAGCAACGGUGGGCGAUCAAAGCCGUCCUCUCUGAUCGCACGAUAACCACCAGGCAGGAAGCCCAGAACCUUGAGAUUGAAGAUGAUUGCUGGCAGAUUAUUGAGAAUUUCACACCAGUGCUGGCAACGCUGAAAUGGGCAACAACAGUCAUCUCAGCUGAAACUGAGGUGUCCAUUUCAAACAUCUACCCAAUCACAUUCAGCCUCAUUCAGACCCACCUUGUGCCAAAAGAGAAUGAUGUUGAGCAAGUCUCUGAGUUCAAGCUCAAAGUUCAGAGGUCACUUAAAAAUCACAUGGAGGUUGACUCUAAUGACCUCGCCUCCAAACCAGCUCUGAUGGCCUCUAUGCUGGACCCUCGCCACAAACAUCUCAGCUUCCUGACGCCCACAGGAAGACUGGCUGCAAAGGUUAAACUGCAUGAGCUGGUCUCAAAAUUAGAUGUGAUAAACAUUACUGUGGGCCCGAAGGAUGAACAACAGGAGACCCUGAUCACACCUGAUAUUAGCCAAGUGACUGUGCCUUCACAAAUCAGAAGUGACACCAAAAACACCAUGAUGUUGCUCCUCGGAGACAACUACAGCUCCUCCUAUGCCACAGACUCCGAGGCUCAGGUAGAUUACUACUUGAGAGACAUCGCCCCCUCGUUGGAUACAAACCCUCUUGACUGGUGGAAGGUAAAUGGACCAAGAUUCCCCAAACUGGCUACUCUGGCAAGACACUAUUUGUGCGUACCUGGGGUGUCACUGCCAUCCUUACUGUCAGAGGCUGGACAAACAUUUGCCACGAUGCGUACAAGACUUAGCCCGGAGCAUGUUGACAUGAUGAUCUUUGUAAACAGAAAUGCAUAAUGUGCAUUACAUUAAAGUUAACAGAAAGGUAGAAAUGUUUUCAUCAACAGUAGCUGUGGGCUGAACGGCAGUCAUACGAAACUAUACCUAUAUGUAGUUCCUUAAAGUAAAACCCAAUGAUUUGUCUCACUGCCUCACUUGAACUUGAUGGCUGACAUUCCUGGCUUAAAGCUGGACAAGAUAGUGGUUAAAUUAUGUCAGCACCAUCUGAGUGAACAUGUGGUGACUACAAAUCCCUGGCUUUAAACAUCUAAGGGAGGCUACUAACAGGGUAACAAGCUGCAGUCUUUCAUGUGCCUCAUUUACUUUAUUUACUUUAACACAUUGCCUUACAUUCCCUUGUCUACAUCAAGACGAAAAUCAUUAGGGAUAAAAUGAAGGAGAUAAACCACUGUUGUGUUCUUUUCUGACAUUGUUGGCAGACUGAAUAUUUGUGUUACAGGUAGAGGCUCACUGACCAAACUAACCACUAUAUUAUUGCAAGUAUUAAUGUGAUGUAUGUUGUGUCUACUAGUAUGCUGUGCCAAGAUAAAAUACAUACAGCUGGA